ACGCACUUCCGCUUCCGGGGCACCGGCCGCGUUCCUGUAGGCCCCGUACCGGUUUAUUGAGACGUUUCUUGGCUUACACCUGCUUUUACUAUUUGUUUUCAGUCUCUGACUGACACUGGUAGCGACGUUAAUGGUAACACAGAAAGCUCUCUAGGAAGGCGCCCUCAGGAAAGAAGGCCGGGUAGAGGAGUCACCUUAAGAAAAGGUGACUAGGUUUCGCGCCGCCCGCUGAGCGGGGGAACGUUGAGAGAUGGGGGACGGGCCUCGAGAGGGUGAGGUUCUUGGACGCACGUGAGAACUCCCCGAAAGGGGCGGGGCUUAGGGCUUCCGCUGCCCUGGGAGACCGGGUUCCACCGAGGGUCGGGCCCGGGUCUACUUGCGCGUGCGCAUUGCGAGCCUUUCUCGGCGCAGCUUGGGCUCCGACAUGGAAUUCUGCUCGGCGAGGCGAGCGAUCUUGCAGCUGCUCCGUACGGUGGCUCCGGCCGACCUCCCAGCGCUGCUCGAGUGGAUGCGAACUACCCGAGAUUUUGAUGAAUUCACUCAAGAUAAUAAUGACAUUAUGUUGAAAAAUAUAGCAGAAGAUCUUCGGAAUUGCUUACCUCUGGAAACCAUGCUUUCCUCAGAACAUCUAGCCCUCCAAAAAAUACAGCAACAGCCAGAACCCACAGUUCACGUGGAUGCAUUCCUUUAUGAUGAAGACUUUAUUGAUUCAUUAUGUGAGGAAGGAAAAAUGAGCAGAAACUACUGCAUGGUGUGUGGCUCCCACCAGACGGCACCUUUAGGAUUUAUUUCUCAUUCCUUCUCUCUCAUGGAGUUGAAGUUCAUUUAUCACCAUGUACUCCCUGAUCUGUCGGGAAAGGUCUUGGUUGACGUUGGCUCCAGGCUUGGCACAGUCCUUUAUGGGGGUUACCUUUACAGUUCAGCAUUGCAACUAUAUGGAGUAGAAUUGAAUGGAGACUUUUGCCAGUUGCAGGAAAUGGUCAUAAAAAAAUACCAAUUCACUGACAGAAUAAAGGUGCUUCAUGCAGACAUCUGUACCCAGGGUUCUCUGCUGCAAAAUGCUGAUGUUAUUAUAAUGAAUAAUGUCUUUGAAUAUUUUCUUGAUGAGGCGGAACAGGCCAGAGCCUGGGAAUAUAUCAGCCAUAAUGUACGAAAACAAGGGUCAUUAUUAGUGACAGUACCAAGCCUUGAAGAUUCUCUUUCAGGUCUAAAGAUUAAUAUACAGUUAUCUCCAUGGGUUGAAGAGUUACCUCUGAACUAUGAUGUAUACUCAGAAAAGGAUAUUGACAGGGAAGCUCUCGAACAAAUACAUUUAUAUAAGAUUCUCUAGCACGGAAAAUAGCCGUAUAAUGUUUUGUUUGAGUAUAUUACAAAAUAACAAAAAAGAGCUAUAACCCAAAUGCUCUAUUCAUAUUUUUCUAUGUAUUCCUUUCUAAUCUUUGUACAUGUGCUUACAUAUUUCUAAGUAGUUGUAUAUGUAUAUAUACAACUCUGUUUGCUUUG